CUUUUACCGCACCAAAUCCCUCAGUUCUAAUCAGAAAAACCAAAACUAAAACCAAAAGAUCCAAAUUUUCGAACCUUUUGCAUAUUGCAAUUACUACUUUCACGGGCGAGUUUCGCUCUUCUUGUGUCUGAUCUUGUCUGAAAAUUUCUACUUCUCCAGAAAUUGAAGUCUCCGCUGCGUAUUAGGGUUUCCUCAGAGCAAGGACUCUGUUCAAUCGAGCUUGGAAUCAGUGAAAGGUUGAGUGAGGUGUUGAAGAAGAGGAAUGUUUUAUUCACAGUUUAUAUUAGCUAAGAAAGGACCACUCGGGACAAUAUGGAUCGCUGCCCAUUUGGAGAGGAAGCUUCGUAAGAAUCAGAUCACUGAUACUGACAUCGGUGUCUCCGUUGAUUCUAUUCUCUUUCCGGAAGCUCCAAUUGCGUUGCGUUUGUCUAGCCAUCUUCUACUUGGUGUGGUGCGUAUAUAUUCCAAAAAGGUGCACUACCUAUUCGAUGAUUGCAGCGAGGCGUUGCUUAAGGUGAAACAAGCCUUUCGCUCUGCUGCUGUUGACUUGCCCCCUGAAGAGUCCACUGCACCGUAUCACUCGAUUACUUUGCCUGAGACUUUUGAUCUUGAUGAUUUUGAGCUCCCUGACAGUGAGCUCUUUCAGGGCAGUAAUUACGUUGACCAUCAUGUUAGUACAAGAGAGCAGAUCACUCUUCAGGAUACCAUGGAUGGUGUUGUAUACUCCACAUCGCAAUUUGGAUUAGAUGAGCGAUUUGGUGAUGGCGACACUUCUCAAGCUGCGUUGGAGCUUGACGAGGAAGUAUUCCAGGACAAGGAAGUUAUUGGAUCCGACGAUGAGGGAGUUCAAGGCACUGAUCACAAUGCAUAUAUGGAUGCGGCAACUCCGGAGAUAAAGGGUGACAUGGUAGGAGCUUCUGAUGCCAUUCCCAGAGAUUUCAAUCAAGAGCAGGUUGAAGAUCUAGCUUUGCGUAAUGAGAUCAUUGAAGAUGCUCAAGCUCCUCAAACCCCUGGAUUGGUUGAGGUGCCAAACUCGUCCAGCGUCAGGGAGCAGCUGGCAAGCGAUGAUCACAUGGAGGUAGAGGAUCUGAAUGCAGAAGAACGUAGCAAGGCCUCUGGAGAGCCGGUUGCUAAUGAGAUGCUUAAUGACCUGACCUCUGGAUAUAAUGAAGGAGAAUCUGCAGUUACUCCCAUGGAGGUGGAUAAGUCGCUGAUUGAUGAAAAUGCCAACGCGCAAAAUGAGCCGGAGGAGGAGGAGAGGGCAGGGCAUGUACAUGUAACCUCGCCAUGUUGUUCUCACACCAGGGCAGAGAUGGAGGAGGAUCCUGGUCAAGCAAUCACUGAGGCAGGAACCAAUGUUGUGGCGAAUAAGUCAGAUGCUGAGCCUUGUUUAACUCAAGACCCUAAAGAUCCUGAAGAAGAGAACCAAGAUCAUUUUGCCAUUGCGUCAGCCACUGAGGUCAAUCAUGAAACAGAUUCUAGGCCAGAGGAGCAGCUGAAUAACGCAGACGCAACUGAUGAGCAAUUGGUGAAUCUGACUGGAUCUACUGAUUCUGAUGUGCCUGCACCUGAAAAGGUAUUAGCUGCACCACCUAACAGACUGGGAGAUGAAAACGGUUUCAUGGUUGAAUCUACUACACCAGAUGGCACAUGUAACGAGGAUGCAGGAAACAAUAACAUUACUGGAAAAAAACGCACGUUUACUGAGAGCACCCUAACUGCAGAGAGUCUGAACUCUGUUGAGUCAGUUGGACUGGUUCAGUCCAAGAGAACUGCAGAUUCUGUUCCUGAUGAUGAUGACUUGUUGUCUUCCAUCUUAGUGGGAAAGUCAUCUUUUCUGAGGAUGAGGUCUACACCUGUAGUUGAAAAAGCAACUACAAAACGGUUAAGAGCUUCUGCUCCUCGUUCUACUGCCACAAAGAGGAAGGUUCUAAUGGAUGACCCUAUGGUCUUGCCUGGCGACCUUAUACGGGAGCAGCUGACAAACACUGAAAGUAUACGCCGUGUGCGUAAGAAGGCACCUUGCACUGUUUCUGAGAUCUUAAUGCUUCAAAGGCAGGCUUUGGAGGAUGGACUCUUGAAGGAGCCUAUAUUCACUGGUAUGUCAGUGGAGUUAGUAUCUCUACACAAUGAGCCGUAUGAUCUUAGAGGAAUCAUUGUAAUCGAGAAUGAUGAGCGUCAUGCUUCUGUUGGAGUGGUGGAAGGUAAUGAAUGUUCUGUCAGGGCUGUGGAAGAUAAUGCGACUGAAGAAAGCUCUGAUCCUCAACCUGCUGAGGCUGAUGCUACCCAGCCACAUGACCAACAGGAAGAAGUGAAAGACGAUAAUGAGCUUGGUGAAACAAGAUCUGACUUGGAAGUUUCAAAAGAAGGCAAUGGAGAUGCAGCAGCUGUUGAAGUCGAUCUUGUAGUGAAUAGCGAGAUCAGUCAACCAUCUGAGGACAAACUCGAUCAUGUGGAGGUGGAAGGAUGCCAUGGGAACCAUGAUGGAGGGCUAGAGGGUCAAGAUGUUAUCGAAAUUGCUGAAGGCGAUGUAGAAAACAACGCCGUUCUCAAUGAAACAGACUUUAAAGCUGAAGAUGAGCUUCCAAGUGAAGAUAAGAAGACGGAUGCAUCAGCUGCAGCCAGCGAGUUUUGGGUAGACGACCAAAGUCCAUGCGAUAUCACAGUUGGUUCUAUUGAAACUGGAUGCUUAGCAGCUGGUGAUUUUAGUGAUCCGGCUUUGGAAACUUGCAACGAACCUCUAGUGGAAGCAAAUAAUGAUGGGGUGAAUCCGCAUAAUGAGAUGUUUAAUGAGGAGGCUUAUAUGCAAAGUGCAGCAGAUGCAGAACUUCCUUCUGGUGAUGGUCUUAUGGGAGACAAUGUUGAAAUGGAUACCGUGGAAGUGGCACAUGACACAGGAUUUUUGAACGUGGAUGAUGAUGAAGUAGAUGAAGAUCAUGAGGAGGACGAUGGUAUACAAGAUGGUGAUGAAGCUCGUCUUCUAGAGAACAGUGGAUGGUCUUCUCGUACCAGGGCUGUGGGGAAGUAUCUCCAGACGAUUUUUGAUAAAGAAGCUGAGAAUGGGAAGAAUGUUGUUGUUGUAGCAGACAAACUUUUAGCUGGGAAAACCCGUAAAGAAGCAUCUAGAAUGUUUUUUGAAACCCUGGUAUUGAAAACAAGAGAUUACAUUCAAGUUGAACAAGCUAAGCCUUACGAAAGCAUAAUCAUAAAACCGCGACCAAAACUCACCAAAUCCAUCUUCUAAAUUGGAGAAAGAUGAUGAUCAGAGUCUCGAAGGUGCAGAUAGGUAGUUUGGUUCGAAUCAUCUAAAAUUAUUUGUCAUUCUCUAAAGUUAUAGGUUUUCCUGGUGUUGUAGCCUUAACCAUUCAAGUAGCUGGAGGAUCUCAUUUAUUUUAUCUUUAUACAUAUAUAUAUAUAUAUGAGUUGUGUAUAUAUAUUGGUGCCACCAUGAUCAUUGAUCAUUACCAGUUUACAUUUGAGAGAUGCUAAUUUUAUUUUGUUUGGAUAA